AUGUCCGAGGGCAAGAGCAACGGCAAUGUCCCUGACAUCAGCAUUGCCUUGAAGCCUUGUGAUUUGAGUAGUGUCGGAACCCAUGCCGAGAAAAUCAGUAAGCUGGCAUCCAACAUUUCCGAAGGCGACGAUACCACCAGGAUCGAGCUGGUUGAGACCGCCCGAAAGUUGGUCAGGGCUCUGGAAACUCCCCGUGAGACCAUGAUCAAGCAUUGCUGGGCUCAGCCAGCCGCGAUGACAGCCCUCACAGUUGGUGUCGACGUCGGACUGUUCAGGGUGAUGGCCAAAGAUAAUGGAAGCAGCAAGAAGGCCUCGGAGCUCGCUAAAGCUGUCGGUGUCGACAUUCCGGUCAUCGCUCGACUUCUCCGACACCUCGGCGCUAUGGGAUACGUGAUUGAGACUGGAGUUGAUGAGUACAGACCUACCGACUUCACAAACUCGCUAUGCAUCCCGAUCAUCGCCGCUGGCUAUCCAGUCUUGUCUGGAGGUCUUCUAUCAGCGCUCAACCAAUUCUCCGACUUCCUCGGGAAGACAGAAUACAAGACACCUCAGAGCAUGAGUGAUGGACCGCUUCAAUACGCAUACAACACGAAGCUCAAUAUGUUCGAGCAUCUUCAGUGGAUGGAUGAGGAUUUCUUUCCGGUCAAAGAACUCAUCGAUGGCGCCGACACUUCUGAUGGCUCAGCUUUCCUCGUCGAUAUCGGUGGUUCCACUGGCCACGACAUCGAGGAGUUCCUGCAGAAGCACCCCAAUGCGCCUGGCCGUCUCAUUCUUGAAGAUCUUCCUGUUGUUAUUGGACAGAUCGAAAGCCUAGAUGAGAAGAUUGAGCGCGUGCCUCAUGACUUUUACACGGAACAACCUGUCUGCAUGAAGGUUCUGGCGCGAAUCACCGAGGCCAUGAAGCCGGGCUACAGCAAGCUGCUCAUCAACGAAAACGUCAUUCCGGGCCGCAACGCUGCCUGGGAGGCUACGGGUCUGGACAUCCUCAUGAUGACGCUUCUCGCGGCCAAGGAGAGGACGGAACAGGAUUGGCAUGAUCUGCUUGGGGCUGCUGGGCUGAAGAUCAACAAGAUCUGGACCGUUGCUAAUGGCACCGAAAGCCUGAUUGAGUGCGAGUUGGCGUGA